AUGGAUAAGCUCCUGAAUAAAGCGGUGGAGAAGGUAUUUGGCGACGACGAUGAGCGUCAAGGCCAGCACCAUACAGGCGGUAACGCCACUCACGGCGGUGCGUACCCGGCGGUUGGUGGCUAUUCCCACCCAGAUGACGAGGACGACGACAAGCUCGUCCACAACGCAGCCCACCACGCGGCCAGCAACGCCAAGGAUGAUGACUCGAACUUCUUUUCCGACAUUCUGGGCAAAGUGAUCCAAAACAAGCAGCAGGUUGCUGAGGAGGACAUUGAUGAAGAGGGUGCGUGUCUCGCCCUGUGCUCCCCAGUCUUCCCUUCACCAUCUGCCUACCUCGUCUGUGACAUGCAUGCUGAUAACGGCGGAAUAGACGCGGUCAAAUCCCACCGUAAACUCUUUGGCGGCUCCGAGGCCGACUCGGGCUCCACGUCCGCGUCCCAGCUGGGCUCGGCAGCCGCUGUUCAGGCCCUCAAAUUGUUCACCUCGGGCGACCAAAAGGGACAGAGCCAGAGCCAGAGCGUGUUCGUGGGAUUGGCCAUGGCACAAGCGGCCAAACUGUUUGACCAGCAAGCGGCGAAGGGGAAUGUAGCAGCUGGUGAGGACAAGCAGAGUGCGGUCAUGAAGGCCGGGGAGCUGGCGCUCAAGAUGUAUCUGAAGAGUUAUGGGAGCGGGUCCUCACAAGGGAGUGGCGGUUUCGGAGGAUUGCUUGGGAUGGCCAGCAAGUUCGUGCAGUAA